ACGGAGAAAAUAUAUCUUUAUACUAUUGGUACCAAACUGGAAUAUUAGAAGAUUAUGUGUCCAACAAUUAGACAUAGCGAGGUUCUUUAUUUCUGCUUUACUUAUCUCUAAUAUAUAAGACUAUACAUGUGGAACACCAAAAAAAAAAAAGGAAAAAAAAAAAAAACUAAUUAUUUCAUUCGAAUGAAAAAAAAAAGACAAAAUAAGACAUUUAAAUUAACCAUCAAAAUGUAAAAACCGUUUUUCCAUCCAAUUAAUUUUAUUUUCUGUUUCAUAUGCUAUCACACUUUACGUUCAUGUAAUGUUAGUUUUGCUAAAACCGCAUAACCACAUUCCUACACGAUAGACGGACCCAAGUCAAGAGUCAACUACAUCUCUCACAAUCUCUCUCUCACUCUACUUGUCAUUCGACAAUCGACAUGGCUUUCUUUCUUCUCACACCAACAUCAUUCUCAUGCUCCGUUCUAAACUCUCCAACCCAACACAACAUUAACAACCACCCUAAACUUUCUUUCUUCACCCCUCUCAAUCUCAAUCCCAACAAAAAUCCCAACAAAAAUAAACACUUUUGCUUCAAUUUAUCUUAUAAACCCACAAAAAUGUCUGAAUUUCCCACUGCUAAAGCAUCUCCAAAUGACCUAGUUGGCCCACUUUCUGGUGCAAUCAACCUCGUUCAAUCCAACCCUGCCACGUGGCAAUCUGCCAUUUUUUCCAAUGUUGUAAUUUUCAUUCUGGGUUCUCCAAUUUUGGUGUCUGGACUUUCUCUCUCCGGCAUUGUUGCUGCCUUCUUGUUGGGUACUCUUACAUGGCGUUCUUUUGGCCCUUCUGGGUUUCUUCUUGUUGCCACUUAUUUUGUUAUUGGAACUGCAGCAACCAAAGUCAAGAUGGCACAGAAGGAGGCUCAAGGGGUUGCAGAGAAGAGGAAAGGAAGAAGAGGGCCAGGUAGUGUAAUUGGUUCUAGUGCUGCUGGCUGUGUGUGCGCACUUCUUUCCAUAUAUGGAAUAGGAGGGAAGGCACUUUCUCAGCUUUGGCAACUCGGCUUUGUUGCAAGCUUCUGCACUAAGCUCAGUGAUACUGUCUCAAGUGAGAUCGGGAAGGCAUACGGAAAAACAACGUACCUGGUCACAACAUUUAAAGUCGUUCCAAGGGGGACAGAAGGUGCUGUAAGUGUUGAGGGAACCAUUGCUGGAAUUUUAGCUUCAGUUCUUCUUGCCUUCAUUGGUUGUCUUAUUGGCCAGAUAAAUAUAACAGAAGCAAUUAUCUGCAUAUUAGCCUCCCAGAUUGCUAACCUCGGUGAAAGUAUAAUUGGGGCUACACUUCAAGAGAAGGAAGGAUUUCAAUGGCUUAACAAUGAUGCUGUCAACAUCAUUAAUAUAUCCAUGGGUAGCAUCUUGGCCAUCCUAUUGCAACAAGUUCUGCUUCGUAGCUGGUUAUGAAUCAUAUGGAAAGAGAAAGAGAGGUGAAGCAUCAUCGAGAAUUUCCAGGAGACUGAAGACUUGGAAUUUGUAGAAUCCUAUUUUCAUACUAUUGUUCGUAUUGUUGUUUAUGCCUCAGAUACCAUUCACAGACGUUCUGAAUGAAGGAGCAGACUUAUGAAGGUUCAAUGGUAUCCACAAAGAGAGCGGCACGCUCUGAGAAGUAUGUUCAAUGGGAUAGAAACUUGAUUGUUUACGACAUGGAGUUGAUGCCUUGAAAAUAUGUAAUUCUUCAUUGAGAGUAAAAGGUGAAAACAUUAAGUUGAUCAUUAGUAGACUUGUUGUACAUAUUAUAAAUUCUCAAUGUAAUCUAAUUUUACAGGUCUUUAAGUCCUAUAGUGGUUAGCACUUAACUAUGUACCACUAAACUAUCUUAAUAUAAUCUAUAUCAAAUAUGUACAGAACUA